CGUUGAGACAUUUGUGUAAAUUAUUUUGUUAAAUUUUGGAUACGCGUUAAAAAUGCCUUUAAUAUCAAAAUUCACGAAUUAUUCCCCGAUGUAUGAUGUCGACUAUGGGUACGACAAAGAUAGAAGUCCAAAGACGCAAAAACGAAAUCAAAACAUUAAGAAAAUCAAAGAGGAAUUUUACAGUCAGAUGGACAAGGAACUGGGCGGCGAUAAAGUAAAGAAAAAUAAGAAAAACAUCGAUAAGACUCAAGGUAAAAAUGCUCAACAAAAUGACCUAAAAAUUACCCAAAAAAUGACAAAAGAGAAACAAGUCAUCACCCAAUCAAAAGUACAGAAUGUCCCUAAGAAAAAGAAAUCAAAAAGUUGUUCAGAUCGACUGUUUGCCUUGGCUUUGCCUAAAAGAAGCACGAUCGUGCAAAAUUAUCAAUAUUAUCAACACGUUUUACCCCCAAAAUCCAUUGAAAAAUUUAAAGAAUUAUUGGACACAUAUAGCGAAAAUAUCUACCCAAAUCAUUAAUUUGUCGUCAAAAAUCAUAUGUAGAAAAAUGUAUUGUGUAGAGUAACGUCCUAAUAAAAUAUUGAUCA